AUGAAGAUUCACCUUAUUCGUAAUUCUGCUGGUGAGUGGGUGGCAGGUUUUUCAGCUAAUUUGGGUCAUGGGGAGAUUUUGAUGGCUGAACUGUGGGAGUUGUAUCAUGGCCUAAAACUAGCUCAAAGGUUGCAAGUGACAAAGUUUACUGUUGAAACUGAUUCUACUAUUGUCUUGCACCUUUUGAAUGCUAAGUUGGAGCCGAAUCACCCCCUCCUUACUUUGCUAAACAUGUGCAAAGUCUAUUGGAAGAGUUCCUGGGACUGCAACAUCUUUCAUGUUUUUAGGGAGGUUAAUUUUGGUGCUGACUCUCUGGCCAAAAUGGGGCAUGAGAUGGAAAUGGAUAUUCACUGCUUUGUUUUGCCUCCUGGUGGUAUUACCGGUGUUCUCCAAGAAGACAGGGAUGGCCUUUUAAGGUCUAGAUUGAUUUAUGUUUAG